AUGGCUGCUCCCCCCGCCGCCGCCGCCGCAGCGGCAGCCUUCUCCUCGCCGCGGCUCCCCGCCGCCGCCAGCGGAGAGCGGCCGCAGGCCGUGCUCGGGAGCCGCCCGGCCGGCCGCUGGCGGUGCCGAGAGCGUCAGCCGAGCCGGGCCGCGGGGGUGUGCGAGGAAGGGGCGAGCCGAGGCGAGCCGGGCUGGGCUGCGCGUCCCCGCUGCGGGCUGACGCCUCCGCCCGCUCGCACUGAGCCAGCCCCGCCGGCUCCGGGCGCAGGAGGGGCCGCGGGGACGCCCGUGCGCCGGCGACACCUGGUGGCCGAGGCGGCCCCGGCUGAGCCGGCGGCUGCGCGGGGAGCGGGGGGGUCAGGGCGGAGCGCGGGGAAUGCCCCGAGCGGCGGCGCGGGGAGCGGGGGCUGCCGCAGCGCUUUUCUGGGCCGCCCUCCCCGCUGCGGGGGAGCCCGGCCGCGCCGAGCCGAGUGGGGCGCUGCUGCCGUUCGCCGAUCCUCCAGCGGCCCUGCGCGGCCGCCUCCUCCCGCGGGAGGAAGUGGGUCUCGUCGGCAGAGGCUCCCGGGAAGCCGACCCGGGGCCCUGCGUGCUGCUGGCCGUCCGAGGGGUCUCCCCGAGCCGUUUCGUGUAGGGCAGGGUAGAAAGUGGCGUUUGCUCGCUUCAUUUUUACCGGUUCCUUGGCAGCGUUUCCUCUUGGGUUUGCAGGGGGAUUUAGCUCAUCUCUGAGGCGUCCCCCUGCUCCCCCUUGCUGCGGCUGGCACAUUAGUAACCGAAGUUAAGGGAAGCCGGGUGUCUCUUUUGAUCAAUUUCUAACUCAUGUUUUCCGUAUUUAUUCUUGUGUUUUCUUUCCUUUGUCUCCUGCGUUCAGCGGUGCCCGUACCAUCCCCCUUGUCCUCCUUGUGGUCGCUCUGACAGCGCCAGCCGCGCUGCCUCCCUGCGCUUAGAAUCCUUCUCCCCUCAGCGAUCCAGUCUGUGUUUCCUCACUUCUGAGCCCUUUCCAGCCCUGAAUUUCUUAGGCUUUGUGUGUCACCGAAGGAGACCUAGAAGAAGCAAGCCCCUGAGCUUGAGGAACUCCGUGUGCAGCUUAUUCAAGCCAGGCCUUCUCCACAGUAGGGCCAAGAGGGAGCUGCCUUCACAGGAGCAGUGCCAGCCGAAAAUUCCCCUGCUUCCAGCUCUGUUGACCCUUCCAACAGCACAAGCAAACCAGAAUACAGACAAGUAUGUUUCCCAGUAAACAGAAGUCAAUUGCUCUUGCCUAAAAAAGGAGUGCAAGCAUGAAACCACUUCUUAAAUGCACAGAAAUUCGCUUUGCCCAUGCUG